CCCCAGCUCUUAGCCCGUCAGCACCUCGACGACUAGACCGCCGGCGAGCGGCGACGGCUGCUCCCUCCUCCCUCUCCCCGUCCCCGUCCCUCUGCCGCGGAUCCUCCCCUCGCCGCCGCUCUCCGCGCGGGCGCGGACGGCCGGACGAUUCCUUCCGUGCACCUCUGUUAACUAAACAAUGAGGCAGCACACUGGUAAACGUCCCCGCCAACACAGGGAAUAUGAAAGAGAAGAAAGGAAGGACCAACACAAGAGGCCAUUUCCCCAUGCUCAGGAAAGCUCUAAUAAUGAUGGAUUGGUUCUUUACCGUAUACUCUGUCCAGACAGUUUGAUUGGUAGUGUCAUAGGAAAGAAUGGCAAUGUGAUAAAUGCUAUCCGGCAACAGACAAGUGCCAAAGUCAAGGUUGUUGACCCGUACCCUGGUGCAGACAAAAGGGUUAUCUUGGUAUAUUGCUACGUCAAGCAUAGAGACCUUGAUGCUGAGGUUGAUGACAAUGAGCCUGUUUGUGCAGCUCAAGAUGCAUUACUUAGGGUGCACAAUGCAAUUGUUGAUACAUUACAUAGGAAUCGUAGAGACUCUGAUAAGAAGAAUACAGAGGAAGCUAACAUUCUUGUGCCAGCUAGUCAGGCGUCAAAUGUUAUAGGAAAAUCUGGUGCUGUCAUCAAACAUCUUCGGUCAACAUCAAGAGCAUUCAUUAAAGUGAGCCCAAAAGAUCCAAGUGACGCUACACAUUCAUGUGCUAUGAGUUUUGAUAAUUUUGUUCAGAUAACUGGUGGUGCUGAAGCUGUUAAAAAAGCACUAUUUGGAGUAUCAACCAUCAUCUACAAGCACCCAUCAAAAGAGAACAUUCCUCUUGAAACUUCCAUUCCUGAGCCUACUCCAAGCAUUAUAAUCCCUUCUGAACUUCCUGUCUAUCCAGCUAGUAACUUUUACUCGGCCCCAGAUGCUGCUAUACCUUCUGUACAUCCAAGCCUGUCUAUCUUAGGGUCAACACAUCAUGUUCCUGAACUUGCUCUACCUGCCGAUGAUCAUGGUCGACUGCCUAUUUAUCCAUCUAUUCUUCCAGUUAUUCCUACUUAUAGUGCCCCAAAAUGUUCAGGAGAACUUGAAUUUCGUGUUUUAUGCCCUAGUGGCAAAAUUGGCUUGGUUAUUGGUAGAGGUGGGGCUACCAUAAAGAAUAUAAGGCAAGAAAGUGGUGCAAGGAUAGAUGUUGAUGAUGCAAAGAAUGACAGGGAGGAAAGUAUCAUUACCAUUACAUCCACUGAGGCCAUCGAUGAUGUUAAAUCUGCCGCUGUGGAAGCUGUUUUGCUGCUUCAAGCCAAGAUCAAUGAUUAUGAGGAUGAUAGAAUGAAUCUUCGCCUUCUUGUCCCAAAUAAGGUUAUAGGCUGUCUUAUUGGCAGGGGUGGUUCAAUAGUCAAUGACAUGAGGAAGAAGACUAAGGCAAACAUCCUCAUUUCGAAGGGCGAUAAGCCCCGGAGAGCAUCUUCCAGUGACGAACUUGUUGAGGUAUCUGGAGAAGCAGACAAGCUGCGUGAUGCUCUUGUUCAGAUAAUUUUGAGACUUAGGGAAGAUGUUCUGAAAGAGAGUGUUGAAAGCCAAAAUUCUGACAGGGAUGGCAAGCUAACUGUUGCCACCUCUGAUUCCUUAUAUGGAAGCAGUCUUUCUUUGCCUGCAUUAUUACCUCACAACCCACAAAUUGCCCCCUUGAGCUAUGAUAGAAGAGGUGAAUCUGAGAGAGCUCUGGAAGUAUUCCCUCGUACCAGUUCAUAUGGGUAUAGCUCCAUGCAGGUCACUGAUGAUGGCUACGGUGGACUUCCAUCAUAUACAUCAAAGGCAUAUGAAGAACAUCUACCACGUGACGAAAUGACUAUCCCUGCUAGUGGUCUGUCAAAAGUAAUGGGAAAACGUGGCACAAAUUUGGACAACAUUAGAAAGAUUUCUGGAGCUCACAUUGAAAUUAUUGAAUCAAAAUCCUCUCGUCAUGACCAUAUUGCUUACAUAUCUGGAACCUCUGAACAGAGGCAGUCAGCUGAGAAUUUGAUCAAAGCUUUCAUAAUGUCUACCUAGGAUUCCUUCUGUUAUCUGAGAACAUCAUCUCAUCAGUUUGAUCUCUUUUGACUUCUGCCAUCCUUAGUUCCCCAGGGUUUGUGAAGAACAUUGAAUGCAGUGUUUCCUCCACCUGUCCAAUUUCCUGAGAAUAUCAUGCAUAUCUGAGCAAGGUGUACUCCAGUAGUAGACAAGGCACUCAUUGUUCCUUAGCUCUUCAACUGUUACCUAUUUGUGUUGACAUAGUCAUCAUAACUCACAUGUCUUACUCUUCGUUAUCUCAAUGACCAGUCCAGUUGCUGCUUACCGAUAUCUCUUUCAGUUUUUUCCUGUCAAUACUGAGUUGAUUAUUCCUUCACAACUAAUAGUAGAGGGGCCUGUUUCCCAAUCUCAAUGUCUGAUUCACUUUCUGCCUAGUGUAGCUCUUGUAAUUUCAUCCUGUCUGACUGCUAUCUGAUUCGUUAGGUUAAUAGUACCAAGUGGCCCUCUUUGGAAUCUGAGAAUAACCCUUUCGUGCAAGGCUUGUCCAAAACUCCUUGAGAUUCCUGUGUUCCAAACAUUCUUUGGAAUGUGAGGUUCUGGGUGAAUGCGGCUGAUUCAGUUGGUGCUUAGUGUAGUUUUCGUAGUUCUGCCCUGCCUAUGCUGCUAGCUGUGACCUUAGAGCGGGGUUUGUUCCUUGUCAAUCUGACUGGUUCACCCAUUGCUUGUUUCGGUUCUUAUAAUUUUGUCAUGUCAAUACCUGAUUCUUUUAUCAUUGGUUCCAAAGAGUUCCUUGUAUUUCUGCUAACUCUGAUGAGGACCAUAUAAGUUCUUUGAAAACUUGCCGGGAAACCCUAGACUUUUAGAAGCAACCAUGUACAUAAGCUUAUUAAAGUUCUUGGAUCACAAUAUGCAGAACAACUUUUUUGUAUCAUUCUGCAAGUAUCUGUGACCAUCGUUGGUGGAUGUCUAGAGAACCAUUCUAACAUUUCAGCUGUCUGAAAAACUGCCUAUUGAAAUAUUCUAACAUCCUAUGCUGCUACCACCUUAGAUGGGAAUUCUUCCUGCCCAGCUUUGUCAUGUCAGUAGUUGCCUCAUUCUUCCAUCAUCAGGUUCGAAAGAGUUGCAUGUUUUUCUGCAGUAAUUAAUUCUACUGUGGAACCAUAUAUUAAUAUAAGUUCUUUCCAAAACCUUCAUGGUAACCAUACAUUAUUCAGAAGCAUCUAUCCCAAAAAGUCCCUGAAACCCUCUAUCAAAGUAAAAUUCGCCCCAUCCUUCACCUGUGCAGUUACCCUUUAUGCAUUUUGUGAUAACAAUCAAUUAUGACACCAUCAAGUGUAAAUGUUGUAGUGUGUCAUAAUGUCUGUUAACAAAUUGUACUAGAGUUUGUUGUUUUGUUAACAGCUGUUGUGGUUGCUCUGAGCUGUCUUCUGUAAAUAAUGAGCGUCAUGUUGAAAUUUUGUAGUGAAGUAGAAUGCCAUGACUUUUUCCCCCAGCCAUUGGGAAUUAUGAGAUGUGCAUAUGUUACAAUAGAAUCCUAUGUGCUGCUUGGUUAUC